AUGCGGGCGGGGGCGGGGCCGAAAACCGCGCCUCCGCCAGGCCCCGCCCCUUUCCCGGUGACCGGCGGCGGCGGCGGCGGCGGCGGCAUGGCCGUGUGGACCCGGGCUUGUAAAACGGGGCUGCUGGAGCUGCUCCUGCGGGAGCGCUGGGUCCGCGUGUCCGCGGAACUGACCGGGGAAACGCUAAGCUUAACGGCGGAACCGGGCACCGGCGAUCCGUCGGUGGUGAACGGCGUGGUGAACGGCAACGCGGAGGCGGCGGCACCCGGUGGCGUGAGGAGGGUGCGGGUGGUGAAAGCGGAGGCGGGAGGGCUCGGGAUCAGCAUUAAGGGAGGUCGGGAGAAUCGGAUGCCGGUGCUGAUCUCACGGAUCUUCCCGGGAUUGGCGGCGGAAAGGAGCGGAGCGCUCCGGUUAGGCGACGCCAUCCUCGCUGUUAACGGCGUCGAUCUCCGCGAUGCCACCCACGAUCAAGCUGUGCAGGCGCUGAAGAGAGCCGGGAGGGAGGUCAUCCUUGAAGUGAAGUUCAUGCGGGAGGUGACGCCCUACAUCAAGAAGCCGUCGCUGGUGUCAGACCUGCCCUGGGAGGGGGCGGCCCCGCAGUCCCCCAGCCUGAGUGGCAGCGAGGACUCGGGGUCCCCCCAGCACCAGGGCCCCCGUGACCGCAAGGUGAUCCCCCUCAAGAUGUGCUUUGCUGCCCGGAACCUCAGCAUGCCUGACCUGGAGAACAGGCUGAUCGAGCUGCACUCCCCGGACAGCCGGAACACGCUGGUGCUGCGCUGCCGGGACACAGCCACGGCGCACGCCUGGUUCAGCGCCCUGCACGCCAACAUCACCGCGCUGCUGCCCCAGGUGCUGGCCGAGCUCAACGCCACGCUGGGCUCCGGCAGCCCCACGGCCGGGGGCCGGGAGGUGAAGCACAUCGCCUGGCUGGCCGAGCAGGCGCGGCUGGACGGCGGGCGGCAGCAGUGGCGGCCGGUGCUCAUGGCGGUGACGGAGAAGGACCUGCUGCUCUACGAUGGCAUGCCCUGGACCAGGGACGCCUGGGCCUCGCCCUGCCACAGCUACCCGCUGGUGGCCACCAGGCUGGUGCACUCCGGCUCCGGGCGCCGCUCGCCCGCGCUGGGCUCGGAGCUGACGUUCGCCACGCGCACGGGCUCGCGCCAGGGCGUGGAGAUGCACGUGUUCCGCGUGGAGACGCACCGCGACCUGUCGGCCUGGACGCGCGUCCUGGUGCAGGGCUGCCACGCCGCCGCCGAGCUCAUCAAGGAGGUGACCGUGGGCUGCACGCUGGGCGGGCAGGAGGUGCAGCUCUCCAUCCACUACGAGGGCGGCUUCACCAUCUCCCGGGACGAGCCGGGCUCCUGCGUGCUCUUCCGCUACCCCUACGAGCGCCUGAAGAUGUCUGCGGAUGACGGCAUCAGGACCCUCUACCUGGAUUUCGGGGGCCCUGAGGGCGAGCUGGCGCUGGACCUGCACUCCUGCCCCAAGCCCAUCGUCUUCGUGCUGCACACCUUCCUGUCGGCCAAAGUCACCCGCAUGGGGCUGCUGGCAUAGGUGCCCCAGCCCCCUCGCCCUGUCACCACCAGCUGGGGGUCACGGAGGGCCCCCCAACCUCUCGUGCCCCAUCGGUGCCUUGCUGGGACUGGGAUCGCUGCCCUGAGAGCGCAGGAGGCUGCGGGGCUGAGCCGC